GAGUGAACGUUCUCCAAUUUCGAGAUGCCACCUUAUGGAUGCGUUUGGCUAGUGAUGGAUGCCUGAGCUUUCCAGGCACCAAGUGAGGCCCUAGCGCCCAAUCACGUCUCGUUGCCACACCUAAGACGCUUGACAUCGCCCACAGUCCGAACCACUUAUAACUUCCGAUACAACAAGCCCGGGCACAACAAGAUUGGAUACUACAACGAACUGGACCCCUGUUGACAACCAUGAUCGAUCUGAAGGAAUCAAACUCGAACACAACGGCGACACCUCACUGUGGAUGCUACAUCACGAACCUGACGACUGAGCUCAUCUAUCAAAUCAUUGACUUCAUCGCGUAUGAGAAUCAAGUCGACUUCGCGCUCACCUGCAGAAGACUUGCAGACUGCUCUAGCAGAAUUCUGAAGCGCCACCAGGAGGCUUUCAAGAAGUACCGAGUUGCAUCAGAUAUCCUACCAACCACGAUACCAACGUUGCUUCGUAGCAUUUUCGGACGUAAUGAUCCACUUCUGGCCUGGCAUGUUCGUUCAUUGGAGAUCUGGUAUGAUCGUACAAGUUGGCUGGACUGGAAACCGCUACCCUUCGACCGACCACUGCACGAAGACGACAUGGGUACCAAUAACAAACCCUGGAAAUGGCAAGAUGAUGAACUAGAGGAGUAUCUCGAAGGCAUCGAGGACCAAUUGGUUGCAUUAUUUGAUGGUGGCGACGAGGACGUAUUCUUCGAGGCCCGCCAGCAAUUUGAGAACGGCCUUGACGGUAUCCUGAAAGCGCUUGUCAUCGCAUACUGCCCGAGGCUACGGGACGUCAGAUUUAUCACCUAUGAGCACAGGGAGAAGUCUAGUCUUGGAUGGCUUAAAAGGAUUGUUCAGGGCAGUAUUCAGUACGGCAGUCAUUGGCCCCCUGGACUCUGCAGCGUUAAGAACGUCGCCGUUGGUGUUGAGUCAGACACCUGGAUGACGACACGGCACACACAGCACAACAAUCCUCCUUUGGACGGCUCAGACAAGUCUAUGGAAGUGUUCUCUGCCCUCCUUCGCCUGCCAUGCCUCAAUUCGAUAUACUACAACGAUCUCCGACGUUCGGGCUGGGACGAUCAAACAGAUUACGAGUCUCGCGCACUCAUUCCCAAGCAAUCAUCUACUGUCAAACACAUCUUCCUCGAUGACUGCGGCGACAUGCCGUACUCCUUCCGAUGUGCACUUACACAAGCUCCGCGAGCUCUCGAGACCUUUACACUCCGUGCUGGCCACUCGCGCGAUCGUAUGGAUGAUGCCGAUCAGCUUAUUUCGGGCCUCAGCAAAGCACAACAGGAUCACCUACAAACCCUGAUGUUCUACGGUCCUUACGAUCCUUAUGAGAUUCAUGGCUAUAGAUGCAACGUCUACCGCAACGAAGAGCUCAACGAAGCCAAUAAUUUGAAGACCGUGGCUAUGGACAUCUCAGACCUAGAACUGGAUGCCUUUUACUCGACGUCAAGCUUCGAUGAUCAACACGAGGGCGACGACUGGACCCCCGAUCAGUGGUGCAAAUAUUUUAUUAGAUGGUUCCGCGAGCACGCUUUUCCUAGCGGCAUCGAACGACUGGUUUUCUGGGGGCAGGUUGGGGAGGGCUUCCUCGCCAAGUGCGAAGGCAAGUUUCUUGACUGGCUCGAGGAUGCACUAAUCUCCUGCAUCGAGUCGUGGCGCUGGAUGGAGGGAUGGGAUUCUGCUGAUGAAGAAGAGUACGAUAAGCUCUCUACAGCCUACGAGUCUUUCAUGGGUAACCUCAAGGCUAUCUAUCUCGAGGACAUUGAGCGUCAGUACAAGAGGACGCGCUAUGAUGAGACCACGGGUCCGAGAAUUGAAAAGGUGUAUUUCAGGAGGCUGGUUGAGGUUGCGAAAGAGGCGGGCGUUGAUGUGUACACCCUUACGAAUCGCACGCCGAAGAAGCAUGAGCAGGACUUCCCUACUGCCCCAGACAAAUACGAUCUAGAAUCUGGACCGUGGUGGGAGCGAAGGGAUGAGAUCAAGAACUGGGUCUUCGACGUGUACAAAGGGAGGAUGGUGCCGCCGGGUUGUGGCAAAUGCGGCAAGUGCGAGACGUGCCUCAGCCAGUACACUAAGGAGCUGUGGAGAUCUUUGGAGAGCUGAGUGUGGUUGCCUGGUGUGGUUGACGAGAUCGAGGCACUCGGACGGUUUCUGGCCUCCGCGAUAGGGAAGGGACAUUAAUCUGAAAAAAAACAACCCUUUCCUUGUACACCGCAUCGUACACCCUGGUCGCGCGCAACUGAUUCCUCGAGUGCGAUUAUGCUCUUCUUCGCACAUCCGUCGUAUUCAUUUCUAUCACAUAGGUAGCCAAGUACGAGCCGAUAAGAGUACAGUAGCCAAGCACGAUUGGCAGUGUCAGUUUCGAGGUCACCCUUCAACACCGCGGUCG